AUUAACUAAAUCUCUUGAUUUUCUCAUUAUUUUUCUAUCAAAAACAAUCCAAUCCAAAAAAAUGUUUCCUUUUCAAAGAUCUGGUGAACUAUCUUUCCAACCAAAUGAAUUCAUUGGUGAAGAAGAACAAAACAAAAUCUAUGAAUUCAUUGGGAAUGAAGAACAAAACAACAUUGAAAAUCAGUUUUGUUGGACUGAUUCUACAUCAGUAGAAGUAGUACAAAGUAUGAACACAACAAAUGUUAACCUUGGUCAAAAUAAUCGAGGCCGAGGUCGAGGUCGAGGUCGUGGUCGAGGUCGGGGCCGAAAAUCGGUGUUUUCUCCUGGUAAUACUAGUAAUAAUUGCAAUGAGAAUAAGGAUGAUCAAGAGAAGAAGACAAUACAUAGAGAAGUUGAGCGUCAAAGAAGAUUGGAAAUGUCUAACCUUUAUUCUUCACUUCGAUCUACACUUCCUCCUGAAUAUAUUAAGGGUAAAAGGUCUACAAGUGAUCACUUAGCUGAAGCUGUGAAUUACAUCAAAGACUUGGAGAAAAACAUACAAGAUCUUUCUCUUAAAAGAGAUGAGCUAAAAUCAGCCGCACCCGAAUGGACCACGGCGGCUACUCCUACGACAUACCUAGUGGGUGGUUCGAGCCAUCCUAGACCUCGCCGAGGAACCGUAGUGAUCAACCCAUGUCUAGGAGGGCUCGAUAUAGAAAUCGAGGUUGGUUGUGAAGAUGAAAGGUUUGCUCUAUCAAGUGCACUUCAAGUAGUUUUUGAAGAAGGUCUUAGUGUUUCAAGCUGCAUAUCAACCAAAGUUGAUGAAAGAGUUGUUCAUAAGAUGGUAUGCGAGGUGAAUGACAUAACAUGUUUAGAUAUUAAUCGGCUUCAACAAAGAUUGAUUCAUCUCGUUUGCUAGUCAUAUGAUCAUUACCUUGCUGCAUUGUUGUGUAUGUGUUGCUUCACCAUACCCGGCCCGGCCCAGCCCGGCCCUCUUCAGGCCAGGUUUGUUUUUGGUGGUACUUUGGGUAGUUGUCGUGUUGUACGUGUACCUUAAAAAUAGUACUGUAGUGAGUGAGUACGAUUUUUUUUUGUGGUGUUACCACCCGAUUCACCAAAGUUGAUGAUUUUUUUUUGGUGUUACGGUUCACCCCAAUUAUAGAGUUGUAGACCUUGUAGCAAGUGAGUAUGAUGAUGUUUUUGGAUUUUAGAAUUUUAAUCUAUCUAUACUAUAUAUUAAAAGGCGUCUACAAGAAAGGAU